AUGUUGCCGUGGUGGACGUGUCUGGCACUAGUUGCCAGCCAAGGGUUUGCUUUGGCAGUGAACAACGCUGGGGCUUGGCCUGGGAACUGUGUGAGUUCUCGUUUGAUUGAGCGACAUCGCCUGAACGAACAGCUUUAUGGCAACUGCCAUGAGAGACGCUUCAAGCGCCGUGUGGAUGCCACGUUCCGUGGCAAUCCGAAGCCACGCGCCGAACUUUUGGCCAGCAAAUUUCUAACGUCGCACAAUUUCGAUCAGACUAACUCACUGGUAACGCUGGUCAACAAAAUAGCCAAGGAGUAUUUGGCCAAAUGCCCGCCGGUCAUCUACUACGACAGCCUGGUGGCCAAAUCAAAGGGCCAACUGUUGGAGACACUCCUUAAGACCAUGCCGGUUACAUUUUAUCAUGGCGAGAUCAAUGAACGCUACGAACCACAGAAUCCCAACUUCACCAGGCAUAUUGAUAACAACUGCAAGAGCUAUAUACUAUUCCUGUCCGAACCAUUAAUGGCACGCAAGAUUUUGGGUCCCCAAACGGAGAGUCGCGUCGUCUUGGUCUCCAGCUCAUCACAGUGGAAGCUGCGCGAUUUCCUGAGCUCCGACCUGUCGUCGAAUAUUGUCAAUCUGUUGGUCAUUGGUGAAUCUUUAAUGGAAAUUUCAGAGCGCGAGCGGCCCUUUGUGCUAUACACGCAUAAACUGUAUGCGGAUGGCCUGGGCUCGAAUACUGGAAUAGUAUUGACCAGCUGGAUCCGAGGCGCUCUGUCGCGACCGCACAUCGAUCUGUUUCCGGCAAAAUUUCAGAAUGGUUUUGCCGGACACCGUUUUCAGGUAUCGGCCGCCAAUCAGCCGCCGUACAUCUUUCGCAUCAAGUCGCUGGACUCCUCGGGCAUGGGCACAUUGCGUUGGGAUGGCAUUGAGAUGCGUCUGUUGAAUAUAAUAGCCAAGCGUUUGAAUUUCACCGUGGAGAUUACAGAGACGCCCAAUCUAGUGAAUUCGCGCAGCAUCGUGGAGAACAUACAAUUUCAGAUCGCAGAGGGCAGUGUUGAUAUUGGCAUGUCGGGCAUUUACAUAACCGAGGAUCGAAUGCGUGCCACGGACAUGUCGGUGGGGCAUUCGCGGGACUGUGCGGCAUUCAUAACUCUGGCAUCCAAGGCCUUGCCCAAGUAUCGUGCCAUAAUGGGCCCCUUUCAGUGGCCCGUGUGGGUGGCACUGAUCUGCGUUUAUCUCGGUGGCAUAUUUCCGAUUGUAUUUACAGAUCGCCUGACACUGAGGCACCUGAUGGGUAACUGGGGCGAAAUUGAGAAUAUGUUCUGGUACGUUUUUGGCAUGUUCACGAAUGCCUUCACAUUUACCGGCAAAUAUUCAUGGGGCAAUACGGAGAAGACCUCAACGCGUCUGCUGAUCGGCUCCUAUUGGCUCUUCACCAUCAUUAUAACAUCCUGUUACACUGGAUCCAUUAUAGCAUUUGUCACAUUGCCAGCCUUUCCGGACACCGUUGACUCCGUAUUGGACUUGCUUGGCCUCUUCUUUCGUGUAUGCACGCUGGAUAAUGGCGGCUGGGAGAAUUGGUUUCAGAACUCCACACACGAGCCCACGUCGAAGCUGUACAAGAAAAUGGAGUUUGUUGGCUCCCUGGAGGAAGGCAUUGGCAAUGUCACGCAGAGUUUUUUCUGGAAUUAUGCUUUUCUCGGUUCAAGGUCGCGUCUGGAAUACCUCGUCCAAUCCAACUAUUCGAAUGAGAAUCUAUCCCGGCGUUCGGCAUUGCAUCUGAGCGAGGAGUGCUUUGCACUCUUUCAAAUUGGCUUCCUCUUUCCGCUCAAUUCUGUGUAUAAACGCAAGAUUGACUCGAUGAUUAUGACUGCACAGGAGAGCGGACUGAUGAUCAAGCUGGGCCACGAGGUCAGCUGGGACAUGCAGCGUUCGUCGACGGGCCGCCUGCUGCAGGCCAGCGCCAGCUCAGCGCUGCGUGAAAUCAUACAGGAGGAGCGCCAGUUGACCACCGCCGACACGGAGGGCAUGUUUCUGCUCAUGGGCAUUGGCUAUUUUAUGGGCGCCGUUGCGCUUGUCUCUGAGAUUGUUGGCGGCAUCACAAACAAGUGCCGUCAAAUUAUAAAUCGUACGCGCAAGUCCGCAUCCAGCACCUGGUCAUCCAGGCACAAUUCGGCCGUGCUGCGCACCUCAGCCGAACAGCAGGUGCACGAUGCACGCAAGGCGGCGCGUCGUCAUGCUGCUGAGGAUGCGAAUCAGCGCAUGGGAUUCGGCGUGCGGGAGCUAAAUCUGACACGUACCACGCUGCGCGAGCUGUACAGCUCGAAUCGGCCGGAGGCCCAGACGCAACUGGAGUCCCACUCGCGUCCAGCAGAAUUGCAGCCUGUUGUUUGGAAUACAUUGGAUGAAGUGCCCAAAGAAGUCUAUGAAUCUUUGGACGGCCUGGAUGAGUUUAUAGCCCGGCUAGAGUUGGCCGAUGAGCACAGCAACGAGUCUAACGAGGAUGACGUGGCCGAUGUUGUCUUUGGCAGCGAAAUCGAUGCACAGCAAGAUGAUAAUCACAUCAAUUAAGCAAGUUCUCUAAAUUAUCAACUCACAUAUUCUCAGCAUUUGUAGCAUGUCCAGGAUAAUU